AUGCAUUUGUCGUGGUUGUUGGUCGUGUGGUCGUGUCUCGUUGGCCGCUCGCUGGGUAUCGAUGUCUCAGCCUUUCUCUCCCAGAUUCCCGAUUGCGCGGGGAGCUGUCUACUGGAAUUGGCAUCGAACUCAACAUGUGGUAUCGACAUCGAGUGCCUCUGCGCCGAUUCAGAUUUACAGACAGUUGCCGCGAGCUGUGUUAUGAGCAAGUGCAUGCCUAGGGAGGCAUUGUUCGCCUUGAACAUUACCGCCUCGGCAUGCGAGUUCCCCGUCCGCGACAUCCAUAAAAAGUUCGACAUCCUCAACGUCGUUAUGUCAGCAAUCACCGUGAUUGUAGUUUGCGCUCGAAUUUUCCAAAAGCUCAGGUUCGAACGGUCGCUGCGAUUGGAUGAUUACCUUAUCGUGGUCUGCUUGGCUACUAGUAUUGGCAAUACCAUCAGUUGUGUCUUCGGCCUUUCCGGAAAUGGAUUUGGCAGAGAUGCAUACAUGGUCGGCGGAUAUGGUAUCACCGAGUUCCUCAAAUACAUCUACAUCGGCCAAACCUUUUACGCGACCGACGUCUUCCUCACCAAGAUCUGUGUCCUGCUCUUCUACCUUCGAAUCUUUCCCGUGCGGUCGGUCCAACGAUUAAUAUGGGGAACGAUAGCAUUCAACGCUCUCAGCAUGGUCGCCUUUGUUAUCCUAGCCAUCGCACAAUGCCAACCUAUCAGCUACUUCUGGACGGGAUGGGAUAAGGAACAUGAGGGUCACUGUGUCGGAACCAACCCUUUGGCGUGGGCACUGGCCGCUGUCUCCAUUGCUAUGGACUUUUGGGUACUUGCAAUUCCUGUCUUUCAACUGCUGCAACUUCAGAUGAAGUGGCAGAGGAAGCUGGCUGUUGCUCUGAUGUUCGUUGUUGGUACCUUCGUUAGUGUCGUGUCCAUCAUCAGACUACAGUUCCUCAUCGCCUUUGGAAAAUCCAACAACCCCACCUGGGACUUCUUCAACACAUGUUACUGGUCGGUCAUCGAAAUCAACGUCGCCAUCUGGUGCGCCUGCAUGCCUGAUCUCCGACUCCUUAUCGUCAAGUCCUUCCCUCGCCUCGACAGCUCCAACAACCGCUCGCAUCCCUCGCAUGGACACAGUUCUGUCUCGUCCAGAUUGCACGGAAAGUCACCAAACAUUACAUCCAAUCAGACAGAACACUCCGCCUACAAUGGAGGAGCGCGAGUGACAGGGGAUGCGUCAUCGAGCACAGCUGAGCUUGUGGAGAUGACACGGUUCAUGAAUGAGAAUAGUAAGAAUGCAGUAUAG